AUGGGCAAGAUGGACAAUACCUCUGUGGAGCUGAGCUCUCCCUCCGAAGUGAAGCAGGCAGCCCUGGAGGAGUCAGAGCCCAUCUCCCCCGAGGCCGUGAGCACCAAGAAGAAGAAGAAGAAGGAAAUCCCAGACAGAGGAUCCUGGAAGGGGAGAUUUGACUUCUUGCUGUCCUGCGUGGGCUAUGCUAUCGGGCUGGGCAACGUCUGGCGCUUCCCGUAUCUCUGCGGCAAGAACGGAGGAGGGGCCUUCCUCAUCCCCUAUUUCCUGACGCUGGUGUUUGCUGGGAUUCCUCUCUUCCUGCUGGAAACCGCUCUGGGCCAGUAUACCUCUGUCGGUGGACUGGGAGUCUGGAAAUUAGCACCCAUGUUUAAAGGAGUGGGACUGGCAGCGGUGGUUCUCUCCUUCUGGCUGAACAUCUACUACAUUGUCAUCAUUGCCUGGGCUCUCUACUAUCUCUUCAACUCUUUCACUGCGGACCUGCCGUGGCAGAGCUGCGGGAACGCCUGGAACACCGACCGCUGCUUCUCCAACUACUCCCUGAGCGACACCACCAACCUCACCAGCGCCGUCACCGAGUUCUGGGAGAGGAACAUGCACCAGAUGUCCGGGGGUCUGGGGGAACCCGGCACUGUCCGCUGGCCCCUGGCCGGCACACUGGCCCUGGCCUGGCUGCUGGUCUACUUCUCCAUCUGGAAGGGCGUGGAGUGGACGGGCAAGGUGGUGUAUUUCUCGGCCACCUACCCCUACUUCAUGCUUUUCAUCCUCUUCUUCCGUGGAGUGACGCUGCCGGGAGCCAAGGAGGGGAUCCUCUUCUACCUCACACCUGACUUCAGAAAGCUCUCUGACUCUGAGGUCUGGAUGGACGCAGCCACACAGAUCUUCUUCUCUUAUGGCCUGGGGCUGGGGUCUCUGAUCGCUCUGGGGAGCUACAACACUUUCCACAACAACGUCUACAGAGACUCCAUUAUUGUCUGCUGUAUAAACUCCACCACAAGCAUAUUUGCCGGAUUUGUUAUUUUCUCUAUUGUUGGCUUCAUGUCGCACAUCACGAAGAAGUCUAUCUCAGAGCUGGCAUCCUCAGGCCCUGGACUGGCUUUCCUCGCCUACCCGCAGGUCGUCACACAGCUGCCCCUGUCCCCGCUCUGGUCGAUCCUCUUCUUCUCCAUGCUGAUGAUGUUGGGUCUGGAUAGUCAGUUCUGCACCGUGGAAGGGUUCAUUACAGCCCUGAUGGAUGAGUAUCCUCAUCUCCUGAGAGCCAGGAAGAAGGUCUUCAUUGCAGUAGUCUGUUUCAUCUCUUAUCUUAUUGGAUUCUCCAACAUCACCCAGGGUGGCAUUUAUGUCUUCAAGCUGUUUGAUUACUACUCAGCCAGUGGCAUGUGUCUUCUCUUUCUUGUCUUCUUUGAGACCAUCUCAAUUUCUUGGUGUUACGGUGUGAACAGAUUUUACAGGAACAUUGAAGAAAUGAUUGGCUACAAACCUUGCAUAUGGUGGAAGAUUUGCUGGGCCUUCUUCACUCCUCUUGUCUGCCUGGGUGUGUUCUUCUUCAGUGUGGUGGAAAUGACCCCUUUGACACUAGGAAAGUACAUCUAUCCUGCGUGGGGACAAGGCAUUGGUUGGCUUAUGGCUCUGUCCUCCAUGGUACUGAUUCCAGGAUACAUGCUGUACUGUUUCUUCACCUCAACGGGGACUCUCCGGCAGCGCUUGCAGCAGAUGACACAGCCCAAGCCAGAGGUGCACGCUCAGAACAAUGGCCUCCAGCCGAAGACAUCCUUGAAUGGGAGGAUCUCGGAUGCUGCCGUCUAG